CAAAAAAAAAAAAACAGUAUACAGUGAUACAAUCUUGGUCAACAAUGGCGAUGAUGAUUACCAACCAGCUUUUGGUGUUCACCAUUGCAAUCCUUGUCAUCCUCCUCGUGGCUGCACCAGGGGCCAUGUCCCAGGAGAGCUGUACUGCACCGUCGAGCAUCGACGUCCAGCAGAGCAACACCGGCGAGAAGGUCGGCACGUUCGACACGAUGUUCGAGGUGACGGUGACGAACCGGUGCACGUGCGUGGUAAACGCCGUCGUCCUCCGCGCCGACGGCUUCGCGAGCUCGGUGGCCGUCGACCCCAUGCUGUUCCGCCAGGCUGGGGACACCGGGUACCUCCUCGGCGACGGCCGCCGCAUCCAGAGCGCCGAGUCGGUCACUUUCCAGUACGCCUGGGACCACUACUUCGACAUGGCUCCGGCUAGCAUGCAAGCUGAAUGCUAG